AGCUAGUUCCCAAUAAUGAAGUUUGUGUGAGAUCUGCGCCUAAUAUGUUUAUGUUAGCCUUAUCGAACUGAUAGCAAACGCGCUGAUUGCCAAUUGUUAGUCUUGUCUCGCUGCUCCCAGCUUCGAGACUUCGGUUCCGACUGCGGUUCUUCAGUCAGUUUCGUGCGCUGACACAACUCCGUUCCCACUUACCUGAUUUGCGAUGACUCGGCGGAGCUGGUUGCUGGGCUGGACCUGCAUUACUUUCUGGAUGCUCUCCUGUAGGACGGAGCUAAUUGGGCUACAAAAUGAUCUUCAGCAGCAGCCGCGCAUUAUCAAUGGAAGCGUGGCCAGGGCGGACGAAACACGCCACCUGGUCUCCAUUCGCCUCCUGAGGCACGACAAUAACUUCGGCAGUGGCCACAUCUGCGGUGGGGCGCUGAUCGCGCCCAGGAAAGUCCUGACCGCGGCCCAUUGUCUGUAUAACAACCAGAGGAAGCGCUAUCGGCGGGCCAGUGAGUUUGUCGUGGUCUUAGGCACCCUGAACCGCUUUGAACGCCGCAAUGGGACCAUCGUGUCCCAGGUAAGCUCCAUGGCCUAUAUGCACACCUUUAGCCCGGACAGCAUGCGCGACGACGUGGGCAUCCUCUUCCUCCGCACCGGGCUGCUCUCCGACGGCGUCCACCUCACCGUGGCGCCCAUCCAGCUGGCGGGACAGGUCACGCCCUCCGGCAGGCUGUGCCAGGUGGCUGGUUGGGGACGGACGGAGCAGAGUUCUCUUUCCAACAUCCUGCUGACCGCCAACGUGAGCACCAUCCGGCUGCAGACUUGCCGGAUGAUUUACAAGUCCGGCCUGCUUCCGGGAAUGAUGUGCGCCGGGCGGUUGCAGGGCGGCACUGACUCCUGCCAGGGCGACUCGGGCGGUCCGUUGGUGCACGAGGGCCGACUCGUGGGAGUGGUUUCCUGGGGCUACGGAUGCGCGGAACCGGGCUUACCAGGCGUCUACGUGGACGUCCAGUACUACCGCCAGUGGAUCGAGGAACGCAGUGGGGCUCCGAGCUGCAGUCUAUCCUCCAGCCUGCUUAUACUGAUGCUGUGCUUUGUGGUCGCAGUCGGAAACCCCUAAGUUCGGGAUUAGUUGUAAUGCUGUAUACCUUAACUAAGUGUUUAUUAAUACUUUUGCUCUGAAUCUGUUCUUAUUAUAUAACAAUAUAACACUAAGUCACAGCAUAGAAUGUCCAAAAAUAAUAUCAUACGAACUAUACUAUAUAACUACAUAACUUCCGAACUAGUGAUUUAAAGAUAUUUCUCUUAAGAUAUUCUAGUGUAUGCACAACUAGUACAUACCAAGCUGCGGAGUUUCACAAGAUUCGGGUAAUUGUAACGACAUCGCGUUAUUAUCGAGGAACGUACAGGUCUCCCACGGUUGGAUCUA